AUGCCUCCCAUCCCCAUCCAUACCUCGAGCCCCAUCGUGGCAGCAAAACCCGAUGGUGUCACUCCCAAGACAGCGGAACCAGGCGAUCCUGGAGUGCCUUCCAAUGUACCAGCAAGCAAUGAAGCACCCACUUCCACCUACCCGGCAGCUCAGCCAGGAGCGCGUCCUUCUAUGCCAGCUCCAACCGGAGCACCACAGGCUUUCGCACCCGUUCAGCCGACGCCGACUCGGACCACUAUGGACUCUAGCCCUCCAGCUCCGCAGCCCGGAGCAGUCCCGGUGCCGCCAAAUGGAUCUCAACUCCCACCGCCUCCCAAGACUGGAGAGACGCUACAUGAUACUCAACCUACGCAAAUGCCUCCUCAGAUGUCCUAUGCUCCCUUAUCCAGUGGAUCGGAGUUCACCGUACCUCGUUCAUCGACGGUAACGGCGGCUGGCCCGUCACCGAUGGCUGGCUUGGGCCCAACGGCCGUGCUGGGCGGGACCGGCGGUAGCGACUUUUCUCACCCACCUGGCUACCACCAGAACGUGCAUGCAUCCGAAUUCUCCAGUUCUCAACGCGCUGCGCACGAAGCUUCUGUGUCCCAGGAACGCAGACCAUCAUUGGUAGGGGAAGAUGAUGGCGAGGGAGUCUGGUCGGCCGCCAAGAAGUGGGCUUCGGCUGCCGGCGAGAGUCUUGCGGCAGCUGAGCAUGAAGUUUGGAAGCGAAUCAACAAGGACUAG